CCUCUUCUUAAAUAAUUGGAAACAUAUGAAAAAUACACAGAAACUGUUUUAUUUUAUCUUUUCUUAAUUAUUGGUCACUCAACUCAAUUUCUCGCCGAGUUUUUCCUCCGACGACUCACGGCCGCAUAAUCUACCAUUCUUUACCGUCGAUCCACGCGCCGCCGACCUGCGCUUCUGAUUCUCCGGUUGUAGCAUUUGUUCUUCUAAAAGGAGGAAGUGAUAUAUAAAAAUCAUUUAUGGCGUGCCAAUGAGCAGAACUGAUGUUAUUUGCAGUAGAAGGUGGAGGAUUCUUCUCUGCUUCGGCUUCAGGGUAUAGCAAGGGCCUGAGCCUACUCCUUUUGGGUCAGAGGAAUGAGGAUAAACCCAUGAGAGUUGCACCGUGGAACCAUUACCAGUUGGUAGUCCAAGAAUCUGACCCUCAACUCCAGCUGGCUCCCACAAAGAAUCGCCUUUCCCGCGGGUGUGCCUCCUUUGUUUGCUUUGGUCGCACUUCCGCAGGGCCUGAUACUCCAUCACCUCUUAAAGUGGGACCAACCCAACAGCAUGAUGUUUCACCAAGGCUACCAGUUUCUAACGAUGGAAAGGAUCCCUCUCAUAUAGAUGAUAACAAUGAUGGUAUAAAGGUCACUCUUAAAAGUAGCAUUAGAAGGCCACACAGUAAUAAAUCAGUUUCUGUUGAGGCUACUAACGAGCAAGAAGCAUCAGGUGGACAUGUGGUUUUUACUCCUGGUGAUCAAGCAGAAAGAAGGAGAGUGCAGUGGACAGAUGCUUGCGGUAGCGAGCUUGUUGAAAUACGAGAAUUUGAGCCCAGUAAGGAGUGGCGCUUCGGUUGCCAUAUGCCUCUCCUCAAGCUUUUGGGUGUCUGUGAUUGGAGUGAAGUGGAUGGAUCAGAUGAUGAAUAUGAUAAUGGAAAUGAGAGAACAUGUUCCUGUGCGAUAAUGUAAAUUGGAGUUUCAUUAAGACGUUAGGGUCAUUCAUCGGGACGUUCAUCUUUAACACAACAUCACUUGGUUAGAUGCAAAAUGAGUGAAGAUUUUUUGGUCCUUUGGAGAUAUAUACACCAACAUGUUGCGGGAGUGAUUGUUUGUGUCUCUACUAUUGCUUGCUGCGGCUUCAAGUUUUGCUCCUAUACCUGUCAUCAAUUUGUUGUAUAAUUCUUGUGUGAAUUCCUUUCUUUUAUUCAUCAUUUUUAUGCUACUUUAUGUUCUUAUUUAUAUGAAGUAACUAAAUACUAUGCUAUGGCUUUAUCGAAAGAUGAUACAAAUGUAAUAUUUUGUAAAGUAUCAUUGUGGCUGCCUGUUGACGAAUUUGUGUUAAGACUAGGAUUUUUUUUUUUUAGGUAUAUCUGUUGCAGGUAUAAAUUAAGUCCAUGUUCCGGCAAUUGUUUUA